AUGGUAUUGCUGUCUACUACUAAGCCUGUAGAAGAAGACUGCGAAGCUUAUAUGUUUAGCGGCCAAGAGAGGUUCCAGCGUAUGCUAGUUGUCAUUGCAGUCAUUUGUGUCCCAAUACUUUUAUUCGGGUCUCCAGUAUAUCUACACAGAUCGUAUAAGAAAAAAAAAGAAGAGGCAUUGAAAAAAGUAAGCCAAUUUCGAAGAUAUCAGCGAAAAGAUUCUGAAAAUAGAAGAGCUGAAGAGAAGAUGUUGGCAGAAGUCGCGAAAUACAACACAACAUUUGGUGAAUUGAUGAUACAUCAAGCUGUUCACACUAUAGAGUUUGUUCUGAGUACCAUAUCACAUACUGCUUCUUAUCUUCGUCUGUGGGCAUUGUCAUUAGCACAUGAACAACUAUCUGAAAUGUUAUGGGUGAUGGUAUUUGCGAAACUUGGCCUACGAGAAACAUCUAUGAUGGGAGGACCAAAGAUAUUUCUUAUAUUCGCUGUUUGGGCUGUAUUCAGUCUUUCAAUAUUAGUGGUUAUGGAGGGAUUGUCAGCGUUCUUACACACCUUGCGAUUGCAUUGGGUGGAAUUUAUGAGUAAAUUUUACAUCGGUGCGGGAUACCCAUUCAAACCUUUUAGUUUCCAAACAAUCUUUUCUGGACAGGGUAAAGAUGACAAAUCGGAGGCAAUGUGCAAGAAGAAAGCAACUACAUAC